AGAGGCCGGGCGGAGAGGCCUCAAUGUCAGCGUAGGGAGAGUAAGGCGGGGGCGGGCGAAGGCUGGUGGAGUCGCAUCGGAGGGCGGUAUUCGUGACCGGGAGCUGUGUGAGGAGAGACACCGGAGGGGGAAUCAACAGUAGCCUUCAAUGAGGAACUGCCUUUUCCAUUUGCUGCUGGAGUUAAUGCUGUUUCCUGCUGGCGGAAUCGGGGACAUGCCAGCACUAGCGGGAUGAGUGGGUGCUCUGGCGGGGAUGUGGUCACUGCCGGCCAAUGAGGGCGAGAGUGCCACAGCCCACUUCUUCCUGGGAGCUGGAGAUGAGGGCCUGGGCACCCGUGGAAUAGGCAUGAGGACAGAAGAGAGUGACAGCGAGCUCCUUGAGGAUGAGGAGGAUGAAGUGCCUCCUGAACCUCAGAUCAUUGUUGGCAUCUGCGCCAUGACCAAGAAAUCCAAGUCCAAGCCAAUGACCCAAAUCCUAGAACGACUCUGCAGGUUUGACUACCUAACUGUUAUCAUACUGGGAGAAGAUGUGAUCCUCAAUGAACCUGUGGAAAACUGGCCAUCUUGCCACUGCCUCAUCUCUUUCCACUCCAAAGGAUUUCCUCUGGACAAAGCUGUUGCUUACUCCAAGCUUCGAAACCCCUUUCUUAUCAAUGACCUGGCUAUGCAGUAUUACAUCCAGGAUAGGAGGGAGGUUUACCGGAUCCUGCAGGAGGAAGGCAUUGAUCUGCCUCGGUAUGCUGUGCUCAACCGGGACCCUGCCCGGCCUGAGGAAUGCAACCUGAUAGAAGGUGAAGACCAGGUAGAGGUAAAUGGAGCUGUCUUCCCUAAGCCCUUUGUGGAGAAGCCAGUGAGUGCAGAGGACCAUAAUGUUUACAUCUACUACCCCAGUUCAGCUGGAGGAGGAAGUCAGCGCCUCUUCCGUAAGAUUGGCAGCCGAAGCAGCGUUUACUCUCCUGAGAGCAGUGUCCGAAAGACAGGAUCAUACAUCUAUGAGGAGUUUAUGCCAACAGAUGGCACAGAUGUCAAGGUAUAUACAGUGGGGCCUGAUUAUGCCCAUGCUGAAGCCAGAAAAUCUCCAGCUCUGGAUGGGAAGGUCGAGCGAGACAGUGAAGGGAAAGAGAUUCGAUAUCCAGUCAUGCUGACUGCCAUGGAAAAGCUGGUGGCCAGGAAAGUCUGCGUAGCUUUUAAGCAAACAGUUUGUGGUUUUGACCUUCUUCGUGCCAAUGGUCACUCCUUUGUGUGUGAUGUCAAUGGCUUCAGUUUUGUCAAGAAUUCAAUGAAAUACUAUGAUGACUGUGCCAAGAUUCUGGGGAACACCAUCAUGCGGGAGCUUGCUCCACAGUUCCAGAUCCCAUGGUCCAUCCCCACAGAGGCUGAGGACAUUCCCAUUGUCCCUACCACAUCUGGCACUAUGAUGGAACUUCGUUGUGUCAUUGCAAUUAUCCGUCAUGGGGAUCGUACCCCCAAACAGAAAAUGAAGAUGGAGGUGACACAUCCAAGAUUUUUCAGUCUAUUUGAAAAACAUGGUGGCUACAAGACGGGUAAAUUAAAGCUGAAGCGGCCUGAGCAGCUACAGGAGGUGCUGGAUAUCACAAGGCUGUUACUGGCUGAACUGGAGAAAGAACCAGGUGGUGAGAUCGAGGAGAAGACUGGGAAACUAGAGCAGCUGAAGUCUGUCCUGGAGAUGUAUGGUCAUUUCUCUGGGAUCAACCGGAAGGUGCAGUUGACCUACUAUCCUCAUGGAGUAAAAGCUACUAAUGAGGGGCAAGACCCACAGCAGGAGGCCCUGGCCCCAUCUCUACUGCUGGUACUGAAGUGGGGGGGAGAACUGACUCCUGAUGGCCGUGUUCAGGCUGAGGAGCUGGGGCGAGCUUUUCGCUGCAUGUACCCUGGAGGACAGGGUGACUAUGCUGGCUUCCCCGGUUGUGGGCUACUUCGUCUCCAUAGCACUUUCCGCCAUGAUCUCAAGAUCUAUGCCUCUGAUGAGGGCCGUGUCCAGAUGACUGCUGCUGCCUUUGCCAAGGGCCUUCUGGCUCUAGAAGGAGAGCUAACACCCAUUUUGGUACAAAUGGUGAAGAGUGCCAACAUGAAUGGGCUCCUAGACAGCGAUGGUGAUUCCUUGAGCAGCUGCCAGCAUCGGGUGAAGGCUCGACUGCACCAUAUUUUGCAGCAGGAUGCACCUUUUGGUCCUGAGGACUACGAUCAGCUGGCUCCUACUGGAAGCACUUCCCUCCUCAACUCCAUGGCUGUCAUCCAGAAUCCUGUGAAGGUCUGUGAUCAGGUAUUUGCCCUGAUUGAAAACCUCACUCACCAGAUCCGGGAACGGAUGCAGGACCCCAAAUCUGUAGACCUGCAACUCUACCACAGCGAGACGCUAGAGCUCAUGCUACAGCGUUGGAGCAAACUGGAGCGUGACUUUCGACAGAAGAGUGGCCGCUAUGAUAUCAGUAAGAUCCCUGACAUCUAUGACUGUGUGAAGUAUGAUGUGCAGCACAAUGGGAGUCUGGGACUUCAAGGCACAGCAGAGUUGCUCCGUCUCUCUAAGGCAUUGGCUGAUGUGGUCAUUCCCCAGGAAUACGGGAUCAGUCGGGAGGAGAAACUGGAAAUUGCUGUGGGCUUCUGUCUUCCACUGUUGCGGAAGAUACUACUUGACCUGCAGAGAACCCACGAGGAUGAGUCUGUCAACAAGCUGCAUCCCCUGUACUCCCGAGGGGUGCUCUCCCCAGGCCGCCAUGUUCGAACACGUCUCUAUUUCACCAGUGAAAGCCAUGUCCACUCGCUACUCAGUGUCUUCCGUUAUGGGGGUCUUCUUGAUGAGACCCAGGAUGCACAAUGGCAGAGAGCUUUGGCUUAUCUCAGUGCCAUCUCAGAGCUCAACUAUAUGACCCAGAUUGUCAUUAUGCUUUAUGAGGACAACACACGGGAUCCCUUAUCAGAGGAGCGGUUCCAUGUGGAGCUACACUUCAGCCCUGGAGUGAAAGGUGUUGAGGAAGAAGGCAGUGCCCCAACUGGCUGUGGAUUCCGUCCAGCUUCUUCUGAGAAUGAAGAGAUGAAAACAGACCAAGGCAGCAUGGAGAACUUGUGCCCAGGGAAGGCGUCGGAUGAACCAGACCGGGCAUUGCAGACUUCACCCCAGCCCCCUGAAGGCCCUGGGCUCCCAAGGAGAUCACCCCUCAUUCGUAACCGAAAAGCCGGCUCCAUGGAGGUCAUGAACAUGCAGUGCACGGGGAACCUGGACCUGAUCCCCUUGCGGGGACGGCGCCGCAGGAGGUCAGGAGACCUCCCCAGGCCUUCCCCAGUCAUCGGCCUACAGCCCCGGGCUGUGUCCACCACUCACCUGGCAUCCUGCACACAGGUGCUUUCUGAGACUUCAUCUUCGAGGCCUGGUGGCUAUCGGCUCUUUUCGUCUGCACGGCCACCAACAGAGAUGAAGCAGAGUGGCCUAGGCUCACAGUGUACAGGGCUGUUCAGCACCACAGUGCUGGGCGGCUCCUCCAGCGCCCCGAAUCUUCAGGACUACGCCCGCAGCCAUGGCAAAAAGCUACCACCUGCCAGUCUGAAGCACCGAGAUGAGCUGCUGGAUGACCAGCACCCUGUGGUCCGGUUGCUGCGCAGUUUUUCCUCUGACUGUCCAGGGGGCCGGCCAGUCUCCUUGGAUGCCACGCUGGCGCAUCACCUGCACCAGUGCUCCUACCACCUGCGCCUCUUCCGGAACUGGCUGCGCUCAGGCCAGGAUGACCCCGAGUGCCUCUACGGAUUUGAAGGGUGUUCCAUGGUGCCUACCAUCUACCCCCUGGAAACACUGCAUAAUGCCCUUUCCCUGCGUCAAGUGAGUGAAUUCCUAAGUAGAGUCUGCCAGCGCCAUACUGAUGCUCAAGCACAGGCAUCUGCAGCCCUCUUUGACUCUAUGCACAGCAACCAAGCCUCAGAUAGCCUAUUUUCCCCACCCCGUACUCUUCAUUCACCCACCCUACAACUCCGGCAGCGCUCUGAGAAGCCCCCUUGGUAUAGCAGUGGCCCUUCCAGCACUGUGUCCAGUGCUGGUCCUUCCUCCCCCACUGCAGUGGAUGGUAACUGCCCUUUUGGCUUUAGUGAUCAACCUUCUGUAAGUUCACACAUGAUUGAAGAACAUCAAAGCCUUGGGAUGCUCCCUAGGAAUGGAGAACAAGAGUUCCCCAUUGAAGGAGUGCAAGAGCCUUUUGAAUCAAGCCAGUCUUCACAGGAACCACCUGUGGAAACCAGCCAGCCAUGCCAGGAGGUUGCUGAGGUGAUCAGCCAGCCCUGCCAAGAGGUUCCUGACAUCAGCCAGUCAUGCCAGGAUAUCCCUGAAGAGGUCAGCCAGCCAUGCCAGGAGGUUCCUGACAUCAGCCAGCCAUGCCAGGAGAGCCAUGACAAUGUUGACCAGAUAUGUCAGACGGUUCCUCAGAUCCACCAGCCGUGCCAGAAGGCGAGCCACCUGUGCCAGAAAAUCUCUGAUGAAGCUUGCCAGCUUUGCCUGGAGAACCCUGAGGUCAGCCAUCCAUCCCAAGAGGUCCCUGUGGAAGUUGGCAGGCUGGCCCAUGGGUUCCCUCGAGGGGUUGGUGACCUAGUUCAGGAAAUCCGUAUGGAAGUUGGCAAGCCAACCCAAGAGACCCCUGAGGAGCUCAGCCAGCCAUGCCAAGAGUUCUUUGCAGAGGUAAGCAGGCUGACCCAAGAGGCUUCUGCAAUCAAUCUGUUGUCUCAGGACAUUCUUGAGGCUGAUAAGCCAUCCCAAGAGUUCCCUGGAGAGGAUGAUCUGCAGGUCCAGGAAGUCCCUGAGGUUAAUCAGGAGUCCUGGGUGGCCUCUGAGGUAAUUGACCAGCUGCCUGGAGAGGGUAUUCCCCAAGCCUAGUAUCCAUCUAGUGAUCCAAACCCUCAGAGCCAGUCUUUAGCCCAUGACCAGUGCUCACCCCUCCCACCAGCAACAUGUGAUUAAUCAUGUUCUCAUUAGUGGUAUCACACUAUACCAGCUAUUUGAGCUAGCAACUUCUUCUGUUGGCUAACUCACCUGCCAGUGUAACACCUUGGAUCUCACCAGAGGUGUCUGAGGAAGCAGCCCUCUUGGCAUAAAGCCAAGAACUGUGCCAGAGCUGGGCUUGAGAAGGAGCCGGUUUGAUGCUCAAAGCAGCCAUUGACUCCUCACUUGACCAUUAGACUGGAAUAAGAUUUCCGUCAAGGGGUGGGCUGAUCUAUCAUUACCCAACCUCCUCUGAGCAUCCCAGGAAAUUCCGGAUUGUUAAAGGAAAUGCCAUUUAACUGCUGAAGACACCAUCCAGGGACAGCAAGUGCAAAAGAGGGCUUCAAGGUCUCCACUUUUCUGGGGAAAUAUUCACAAUUUCACAAGGUACCCUUAGACCAUAUGUGCAUUCAGGAGGACUCUUGUGUUUGCUAGCACUCCUCAGGUGGGCCCAGCAUGUCUGUCUGAAAUGUCUGGGAAAAAAGAGAGUCCCCUUCCCAACAAACAUCCACUGUGGCCACUAAUCUUUAGAUUGGGCUUAUGGGUGUUUUGUUUAUCAUCCCAAAUUCCCCCUCUGCCUCAGACCUGUCCCAAUAGCUCCAGGGAGAAAUAGGUAUUAGAUUGCUGUGAAAAUUUAAGAAUAACUACUUAAAAUGCUCUGGGGGUUCUUGGCCAAUCUGUGAAGCUGGGCCUCCUUUUGUUGUGGGGCUUUUUGGCUUAAAAGAUGAUGUAGUAGAGAAAAUCAGGUUCUAUUUUAAGCAAUCUGCAGAGAUCAAUAUUGUACAGACAUGAGCAAAGAUUAUAUAUAUUUCUGUAGUGGUGCCAGGGACAGACUGGCCAAAGACCAAACACUCCAGGGUCCCCAAGAAGUAUUUCCUUUUGUCAUUGUGUGUUUAGGGUCAGGUGUGAUUAUGAAGCUUUUCCCAAAGAUAUAGGGAUGGGAAUGGGUGUGGGUAGGAGGAGUAAUGCAGUCACUGGAGUGGGGUGGCUGGAACAUUAUGAGUGCUCAAUAAAUAUGAAAUAAUAAGA